AUGGAAUUUCGAACGUACCUGAUGGUACUUUUUAUUGGUGCUUUCGAUGGUAGGUGUGUGCGUGCGGGUGUCGAUGGGUUGGGAGGGAGUCGCAUCGUUCCAUACAGAGCAGCCAUUGAGUACAAGGGAACUGUGUUCUGCGCUGGGUCGGUCGUCGAGACUACGUGGAUUCUGACCGCAGCGGAAUGUGUAAUGAACAAAACCGUUUCGUACGUGACCGUUCGAUUGGGGUCGUCCAGCUUAUACGAAGGAGGAAUUUUGUUCGGCGUGAAAUCAUCUCACGUGCACCCAAAAUACAACGCAGAAUUAUCAAAACGUGAUAUGGGUCUGUUGAAGCUGAGCACCACUUUGAAGUUUUCCUCAACCAUUGCUCCGGUACCUUUGGUUAAACCCGGUUACGGUAUGGAGGAAGGAACCAAGUGCACGAUUCUGAAUCCUCUGUCAAACUCCAUGGACACAAAAGCGAAACUUUGGUCCAGAGAAAGGUGCGAGACGGCCUAUCCGAAUUCAUUCUACUUUACAGACGACGCGCUGUGUGCGAAAAUCACCGCCAUAAACACUCACAACCAGAACGACACUCGUAGAAACCACACAUGCAAUGAUCACCAGCAACAACAGCAACAACAACGCUUCAUGCUAGGCAGUCCGCUAGUAUGCGAAGGUAAACAGGUUGCAGUGGUGUCACGAAUAGCUUACUGGGGGGCAGGUCAAUGCGGUGCCGUCGACGCAGCCGGAGGAAGCAAAUCUGGUCUUCCCGAUGUUUUCUCGGAUGUUGCUUUUGCCGACCAUUGGAUCAGUUCACAUUUGAUCAGAAGAAAGCGUAAACCUGUCGGAGGUGGUAGGCGAAGGUCGUCAGCCAAGCUUAGACAAUCUCAGCGUAGGAACGAUGCAGCGAGGGAGAUGGUGCCUGCGAUAGUUGCGAGAUUGCUGUUACUGUUUCACUGUUUUGUGAUGCUUUAG